CACCGGAAGCGUUUACGGUACCUUAUUAGCGCAUAGCUCGUCUGAAAAACUAGAACCACUCAGCAAUUUUUUUGUCACCCACGUAUUUUUUUUGGGACUAAAAUGUCUUCAAAAAUCUACAGUAAUGACGACAAUUUAGAAGGAUGGUCUGCACUUAAGGACGAGCUAAACAAACAGAUCAAGGAGCAAAAGGUGGCCGUGGACGAGCUGUGUAACUUGAAGAAGAACAGGAAAGUGUUUGUCCAGCAGAGGAACAGCAACAUAUUCUUCUUGGCGGACAGAGGGCAGACCUUGAGUUCAUGCAAGAAGAAACUGGAUAGCACGAAGAAGAAACUUCAGGAUAUGUGAAAGCAGACAAUUUCUGCAACCAUGUGUGGCAUCUUUUGUCUUUUGAGUCCCUCUCCCGCGCAUGUGAAGCAAGAUGAUGCAGUGUUUGAACAUUUGAAAAGGAGAGGGCCCAACUCCAGCAAGGAUUGCGUCGUUACUAGUUCGAAUCAUGGCUACCAGUGUUUCUUUUCGGCCCAUGUACUUCACAUGAGAGGUCUUCUGACGCCUCAGCCAAUUGAAGACAAAACCGGAAAUGUUUUGGUGUGGAAUGGGGAAAUUUUUGGAGGCUUGCAAGUGUUGCUGUCCCAGAAUGACACAGCUGUUGUCUUCGAGCGUCUGUCAUCUACCGACAGCUCUUCACAGAUUUUGUCUAUCCUUUCCACCAUAAGGGGACCGUGGGCGUUUGUUUACUACCAAAAAUCUGAUGAUUACCUAUGGUUUGGGAGAGAUUACUUCGGCAGACGCAGUUUGCUAUGGAAAUAUGAUGCAGAAAUAAAAGCCCUGACUCUGACCUCUGUGGCAGGCAACACUUCUGGACCUGGUCAGUCUGUAUGGCAAGAAGUCCCGGCAAUUGGUGUGUACAGAAUUGACCUUAAGGCAGUUUUUGAAUCUGGAUCAUUUUCAAUGGAGCUUUAUUCUUGGUCUCAUGCAGAAGAUGAUUUUGUUUCUACCUAUCUGGAAACUACACAGGAUUUAGUCCCUCGUAGCUGCACAGUUUUGAUGAACUCGUCAGGUCUGCUCAACUCACCCGUUAGUCCUCUCAAUAGGUUGACCCCAAAGAUGUUGAAUGAGCAUGAAAAAAAAUUGGAACAACAUUCAAGUGUUGAGGAUCUUGAGCAGCUUUUAGGCAAAUUCAAGAAAAGCGAUGAAGUGAAAGGGCUUAUUGAUGUUCUCAGCGAAUCCGUAAGACGACGUGUUCAGUCUUUGCCCCUCAGCACACAGAAUCACUCUGAGACCAAUGACCAGGCGCCUGUUGCCAUACUUUUCUCAGGCGGUAUCGAUUCUAUGAUUCUAGCUGUUCUGGCGGAUAUUCACAUACCUGCUCAUCAACCAAUAGAUCUUCUAAACGUAGCUUUUCAACUUCAAGCACCAAAGGUGCAGAAAGAGGUGACAAAGAAACAAAAGACCAAAAAAAAGCUGUCUGGGGGUAAACAGACCGACGGCGCCGAAUUACAAACAUCCAGCCCCUUUGACGUCCCAGAUAGAAUUACUGGCAAAUCAGGGCUCAAGGAGCUACAGGACUUGGCUCCUGAAAGACGAUGGAAUUUUGUGGAAAUCAAUGUAACUCAAGAGGAGCUGCAGAGAUGGCGGCAUGGCCGGGUCUGUCAGCUGGUACAUCCACUGGACACCGUGCUUGAUGACAGCAUUGGCUGUGCUGUGUGGUUUGCAGCAAGAGGCACAGGGUUCAUCACAGAAGACAAUAACCAGAGGAUCUUCACAUCAUCAGCCAAGGUCGUUUUGACAGGAAUUGGGGCAGAUGAGCAGCUAGCUGGUUACUCAAGACACCGAAUGAGAUUCAAGGCAUCAGGAUACGAAGGACUGAUUGAGGAAAUUGCUAUGGAGCUGGGUAGGAUCUCCUCCAGGAAUUUGGGCAGAGAUGACAGGGUGAUUGCAGACCAUGGAAAAGAGGCAAGGUUUCCCUACUUGGACGAGAGUGUGGUGAGUUAUUUGAAUUCCCUGCCCAUGUGGGAGAAGGCAGAUCUGUCACUUCCCCGAGGCGUCGGUGAAAAACUCCUCCUCAGACUGGCGGCGAGACAGCUCGGCCUCGGCUCGUCUGCCGUCUUGCCCAAGAGAGCCAUGCAGUUCGGCUCCCGCAUUGCAAAGAUGGAGAACAGCCGGGAGAAGGCCUCUGACAGAUGCAAAAGGCUCCUAAUGGAGUAGGCAUUGUUUAUUCCUACCAACAAUUAUUUUAGUCAACUACAGUUGUGAUCAAAAUUAUUCAACCCCCACUCAAUUUUGGUGUUUUUAGCAAGUUGGACAUUUAUUCCGUAUUUUGUUUCAAAUAAAGAUGCAAUAAAUAGACAAAUGCAACUUGAAUUACAUUAUAUUUUGUAACAUACCAAACAGUGUCAUUUCUCUUAAUAUCUCAUUGACAAAAUUAUUCAACCCCUUGAAGAUAAUAACUCUUAAGAACAGAAUUUGAAUAAGGUAUUUUCAAUAAGGUGUUGAAAACACCUGUAGAUGUGAUUGGAACCAUAACGAGCAACAAUUAAACUGAUUGAAAAAGACUGAUGCUCAGCUUCUUGUAGAUGGUCAAUGGUGUAUUAGCAACAUGCUGAAGUCCAGGGAGUGGUCAAAAAACUCAAGCGAGGAGGUAAUUUCUCUUCAUAAGAAAGGAUAUGGAUAUAAGAAAAUAGUAAAGACAUUACACAUUCCAAGAGACACAGUUGAGAGCAUAAUUCGCAAGUUUAAAGCUAAAGGCACAGUGGAAACACUACCUGGGCGUGGUAGAAAGAGGAUGCUGUGUGCAACUGCUGUCCGGUAUUUGAAGCGUACAGUGGUGAAAAACCCCCGGGUAACAGCUGAGGAACUACAACAGGACAUUGCAGAGGAGGGAACGCAGGUUUCGUCCCAGACAAUAAGGCGCGCACUACAAGAUGAAGGCCUCCAUGCCAGAACUCCCAGGUGCACCCUACUUCUGACUACCAGGCACAAGAAAAAUAGACUCUAGUAUGCCAAAAAUCAUCUGGACAAACCCCAAAGGUUUUGGGAAACUGUUCUAUGGAGUGAUGAGACAAAACUGGAAUUCUUUGGGCCUAUGAAUCAACAAUAUGUCUGGAGGAGAAAAAAUUAAGCUUACAAAGAGAAGAACACCUUGCCUACUGUUAAGCAUGGUGGGGGGUCAGUAAUGCUCUGGGGCUGUUUCUCUUCCUCAGGUACCGGGAAUCUCCAGCGCGUUCAAGGCAUUAUGAAUUCUAUUUUCUACCAGGAUAUAUUAGCUGCAAAUGUCAUGAAGUCAGUGACGAAGCUGAGGCUUGGGAGAUGUUAGACCUUCCAACAGGACAACGAUCCCAAGCAUACCUCCAAAUCAACAUCAGAGUGGUUGCAGAAGAAGGGCUGGAAGACUCUGGAGGGGCCUUCAGAGUCACCAGACCUAAAUCCUAUAGAAAACCUGUGGUGGGACUUGAAGAAGGCAGUUGCAGCACGUAAGCCCAAUAAUAUGAAUGAACUGGAGGCCUUUGCCCAAGAGGAAUGGGCUAAAAUACCUGUAGAUGGUUGCAAGAAGCUUGUGUCCGGUUAUGUAUCACGUUUGAAGGAUGUAAUUACUGCCAAAGGGUGUUCUACUAAGUACUAAAGAUGCAUGUAACUAGGGGGUUGAAUCAUUUUGUCAAUGAGAUAUUAAGAAAAAUGUCCUUUUUUGGUAUUUUGUAAAAUACAGUGUUACAAUUGAAGUUGUAUUUGUCUAUUUGACACAUCUUUAUUUGAUAUGACUAUAAACAAAAUACGGAAUAAAUGUCCAACUUGCUAAAACACCAAAAUUGUGUGGGGGUUGAAUAAUUUUGAUCACAACUGUAAAAACAUGUUUUUGGAUCCUGAUGAUUGUAGGAUAUUUAUGACACUAGUUUUUUUCUUCCUUAUUAUUGAUCCCCAACCAUUGUGCUUGGCAAGUCAUGUGUGCCAUGGGAAAUUAUUCAAUUUCACUUAAUGUUUCCAAACAAAAACUCAUGUGGGAUUAAAAAAAAAAAACUAGGCUACAUAUUCACCAAACAUUCAAACAAACUAUGGUUGACUUUUUGCCAUUAUAAAGGCCCCUGUUCAUCAAUAUACUGUACACUAGAGCAGUGGUUCUCAAAUGGGGGUACGUGUACCCCUGAGGGUACUUGAAGGUAUGCCAAGGGGUACGUAACAUUUUCUAAAAAUAGCAACAAUUCAAAAAUCCUUUAUAAAUAUACUUAUUGAAUAAUACUUCAACAAAAUAUGAAUGUAAGUUCAUAAACUGUGAAAAAAAAUACAACAAUGCAAUAUUCAGUCUUGACAUGUAGAUUUUUUGUGGACAUGUUCCAUAAAUAUUGAUGUUAAAGAUUUCUUUUUUUGUGAAGAAAAAUAUUUAGAAUUAAGUUCAUGAAUCCAGAUGGAUCUCUAUUACAAUCCCCAAAGAGUGCGCUUUAAGUUGAUGAUUACUUCUAUGUGUAGAAAUCUUUAUUUAUAAUUGAAUCACUUGUUUAUUUUUGAACAAGUUUUUCUUUUUUUUAAUCUUUUUUUCAAAAUAGUUCAAGAAAGACCACUACAAAUGAGCAAUAUUUUGCACUGUUAUACAAUUGAAUAAAUCAGAAACUGAUGACAUAGUGCUGUAUUUUACUUCUUUAUCUCUGUUUUUCAACCAAAAAUGCUUUGCUCUGAUUAGGGGGUACUUGAAUUAAAAAAAAAUGUUCACAGGGGGUACAUCACUGAAAAAAGAUUGAGAACCACUGCACUAGAGAUAGUAAACUAAAUUGUUUUAGAGGCCAUAUUUGCAGAAAUCUAAGAGCAGGGGUGUCCUGGACCUCUUCCUUCACUAUUAUUCUUACUUUGUAUAUUCCAGCGUCCUCUAGAGUAGACGUUUUAUUUUGGUCUAUUGAUUUUGUUAGUUACAGGCACGUUCUGCUGUUUUAAAGAACCUUCUGCAAAAAUGUGAGCCUCAAAAGUUUUUCAAACAGGACUUGCGGGCCACCAUUUGAAUAGCCCAAAUGAUGAAAAGGAGAGGACCUAAACUGGAACUCUGAGGAACACUACUGGCAUAAAGAAGCUGUUGAUCAAAUGACUUCUGACUGCAUCUGAAGUACACACGCUACAACACCUUAGUUACAUAAAUCACAUUACAAUAAAUGCUUUUACUGCCCAAAAGGAGAGGACUUAAAGGGGUGCCUUGAGGAACACCUCAGUUAUGAAAACCACAAGUUUGUACCUCAGUGUACUGUUUCCUAGCAAGGUUAAAAUAUCAAUGCAAGGAUCUGCCAUUGUGUUUGCAGUGGUCCACAUUCGUCUGUACAACAGGACCAAACUCCUGUUUUUAGAAUUUGCUACGAAAAUGUUUAUCUCUAAAAGUUUUGAAAUAACUUAUGGGCCGGUAGGGAUUCAUUCCUGGGCCGGAAGUGACCUUUUGAAUAGGCCUUGUGUACAUAGCUCUACAUUGUUUAUUAUAAGCAUGAAUAUUUUUUUCAAAUCAGCCUUGUCUGUUGUGAGGCAUAAAUCAGUAACUUCAUUACUAAUGUUCUAUUAUGUUAGGUUCGAAUAUAACUUGACAUUAAAGGGGCUGUCUUUAACUUGCUCGAAAUGACCUCUGUCAAACCAAAACAUGUAACAAGAACACCGCCUUUGUUACAAUUUUCGGCUUAAUAAAACAUAUUUUGAAAUGUC